AUGGAUUUUCUUCGAAUUUUUACCAUCAAACCGAUUGAUGCCGAUGACAUGGCGUCUCAGCAAACUCAAAGCUACCUGAAAACAUCGUUAAGUCGAUCCACUUGGCAAGCAUGGGAAUCGAUUACUGUUGUUCCAUGUCUUACAAAAGAUAGACUUUCUAUUUAUUCACUUCAUCGUCAAGCAUGUCUUAAUCAUCGAAGUUUUUAUACUGAUCCUACUACAAAAUUGCAAGUUCUCACACGAUAUGCACAUCUACAACGAGGAAACUGUUGUGGUAAUCGAUGUCGUCAUAUGUUGUUUACAUCAGAAAUUGGAGGCCAACAAAUCAGCAACGAUGAGCAUAAAAUAUGGUAUAAAUACAAAGAGUGA